UUAUAAACGCUCCGGCCACCCAAUUUUCUCUCCAAACCUUGAACAUUUUCCCUGAUACCAAACAACACGCAUCAUUUUCUUUUCUCAACAAGUAUAUUCUCGAUCAAUAUACAAAGCUUAAUUUGUUUUCUUCAAACCUAUGGCGGCUUCCACAUCUCGAACAAUCGAAGUCACGGUGUUGUCCGGCGAAGACCUACGCAUGGACAGAAAACCCAUCAAGAAAAACUCCUUCGUUGUUGUCCGAACAGAAAACGGAGACUUCCGGAGCACCGAAACCGAUAAAGAAGGCAGUAGCUUCCCGAUAUGGAAGGAGAAGCUCGUACUUGACUUGCCGGCUCAUGCAAGAGCUUUGACAUUGGAGGUUCACUGCAAGACUUCGUCCGGGAGCAAAGUUGUCGGGACUGCGAUGGUUCCCGUAUCGGAUUUCGUCGGUGGUUACGUGCCGGAGAGUUACUUGCAUUUCCUGAGCUAUAGGUUGAGGGAUCGCAGAGGUGAGAAGAAUGGGAUAAUCAACAUUUCCGUGAGAAUGAAGGUGCAUGGUGGUGGAGAAUAUGGUUGUUCUUCGUCUUGUUCGGUGGCUGCGGCUGCAUCAGAGACGAUCGGAGUUCCGGUUGGAGAGACUGGUUUUGGUGGUGGGUUUGUGACUGGGGUUCCAGUUUGGUGUGCUUAUCCUUCUCGACAUUUUUGAAAGGGUCUAUAAAUGGAUAUGUAAAGAGAAUGGAAAACCACAAAAACCCAAAAAUACAAACAAAGAAAGAGAUCAAAAAUGAUUUUUUUUUCUUUUUUAUUUGUUGUUAUCAUACAAUUUAUACGUGAUUGAUGAUAUUGGAAAACUUUGUAAAUAUAAAACAAAAAAGAUUGAUUAAUUUAAAGAGUGAUGAUAAGAUUUCUUUGAAA